AACCCCCGCCUGUCCUCUCCCCGCGCGUGCAGCCCCCUUUCCAAGCCUCUUUCAACCGAAAAAAGCCCCUUGCAACCCGUGCAACCCCGGCGCCGUUGCAACUUACAGCCCAACCUGCAAACAUCCUUCAAAAAUUGACAGUUCUCAUCCGAGCAUCGCAAUGCAUCGCGAAGCCCCUGCCUCCCAGUUCGGCGCAAAAACAAUGUAAACGCGCCCCAUCGCCCCUCCAUCACAUAGCCAUGCCAUCGCGCUAGCCGGGGCCCCGCCGCCAUGGGCAACAAGAACAGCUGCUGCUCGUACUCCAGCCCCCAGCCCAGCCACCGCGUGAUCAUCCCCAUCGAGGACACGCUGCACGAGGGCGAGGUGAGCGUGAGUAACCUGCAGCACAUCAGCGAGCGCGAGGCCGACGACGGCGACGCCGACCCCUCGCAGGACCCCACGGCGCGGACCAUCUUCAUCGAGCGCUCGAAGACGGCCAUCGAGAAUGGCAUGAUCCGGAGGAAGAGCCAGCACCAGAUCGCGGAUUUGCGGCCGCUGAAGAAGAGCAGCUCGUGCUCGACGAUCUAUUUGGACGAUAGCACGGUGUCGCAGCCGAAUUUGAAGAAUACGGUGAAGUGCGUCGCUUUGGCGAUUUAUUAUCAUAUUAAGAACAGGGACUCUCAGAGGGAGAUCGAUAUCUUCGAUGAGAAGCUGCAUCCGUUGACGAGGGAUGGGGUGACCGAUGAUUACGACAAGCACAAUCCGGAGCAUAGGCAGAUCUACAAGUUCGUGAGGACUUUGUUCAAUGCGGCUCAACUGACUGCUGAGUGUGCCAUUAUUACGUUAGUGUAUUUAGAACGGCUCUUGACGUACGCUGAGUUAGACAUACAACCUUCCAAUUGGAAAAGAAUAGUGUUAGGUGCAAUUCUCUUAGCUUCCAAAGUAUGGGACGACCAAGCCGUCUGGAACGUAGACUACUGCCAAAUCCUCAAAGACAUAACGGUAGAAGACAUGAACGAAUUAGAGCGCCAGUUCCUCGAACUCCUCCAGUUCAAUAUCAAUGUCCCUUCGAGCGUAUACGCAAAAUACUACUUUGACCUACGUACCCUAGCAGAAGCGAACGAACUCACGUUCCCCAGCGAGCCCCUGAGCAAGGACAGAGCCCAGAAGCUGGAGGCCAUGUCCAGAGUAAUGGAAGACAAGUACACGGCCGAGGCCAUCAAGAACGGCUUGAAGAAGUGGUCCAGCCUCGACAACAUAACGAACGGUGGGACGGCGGCGAGGAGAAGCGUCGCCAUUUUGUCGUGAUCAAAACGUAUUUUUUUUAUUUUUUAUGAGAUCUACCAAAGUAUUUCUAGUGGAAGUUAUUUUAUUUUUCUUAGAUCUUUCGUACAUUUUUUUUUUUUUUCAAAUCAUAUUUAUUAUUAUAUUAUCGAUGCUUGUGUUUGACUUAUUUAUUACUGGCAACUCACAAUUAUCUUACGUAAUGGAAAAGCCUAAUCGACUGUAUUUACUUAUACUGUGUUAGAUGUUUUGGUUGCAGUGUGUCACUUGGUUCGUAGGUGGCGUCUCGGUUGUGAUGCACUGCCAGCGAUUGCCAACAUGUACAUAAAAUUCUAGUGAUUGAAACUUUCCAUUCCAAAAUGUAUGUCAGGGAGAGUGUUUCUAGAUGCCGAGAAGAGGAGAUUAUAUUAAAAUUGCACAACCCUGCUUUUCAUACACGUCCACUAUAUAAAAUAAGUGAUUUUUGAUAAUUAUGUUGGAGGACAAUCCUGUAAUAUGAUGCCUAUUUUCAAUUUUUAUACUAUACCAGGCUUUGUCUAGAAAAAGUGAAAAUAUAUCUGGAAAAAAAGA